UGCGUUUUCUCAACAUUGAAUCUUAAUUACCAACCUCAGUAUUCAAAAAGCUACAGUUCUUUUCUCUUUUCUCUCUGUGUAAUUUUAAAUGUUAUGUGAUAUUUUUUCUUCUGGAAUUUGUAAAAGAAAAACGGAAUAAUACCACAUCGUUAGCCACAUAUGUUAAUUUCACAUGGAGCAUUGGAUUUAAAAGGAUAUAUUGUAUUUCUAAUGUCAUCGCAAAUUGGUAUUAUAUCAAGUCUUUCAUUUUCUUCUGUGAAAAAAGGAGAAAAAAGCAACUUGUUCAAUGGGAAAAGUGCUAAUGAAAUUGAUAUAACACGCUGUCUUUGAUGUGAGUUGAAUAAAACGUUCGCAACAUCAGUUAUGUACAUUCAGUACAUCGGUUUUAUGGUAAACUGUCACCUUGUGGUUUUAUUAUAAUGGAUUCAUGGAAUAUUGUCGUGCGCUGUCUAGGUAAUUUAGAAAAAGCGUGAAAGUAUCGAAAAUAAUAAACAGUAUAGGGUGGAAUAAUGUUCGGGAACUGUCUUCUUGUCGGAUAAUAAUUGUGACAUUCAAAUUGAGAGGAAAAAUGCCUCUUUUAUUGGAUUUAUAAGUGAAUUGCUGUAUUAAAUCGAGAUUGUGGUACAAAUAAAAUGCUUCAUAUAUAGCAGAUGUCAUUUUAAUUUGUGCUUGUUUGUCCAUCAAUAUAUUCGCCGACUGUAGCUAAUUGGCUUUUAUUGAGGCCGAAACGUUAUAAAAACUUACAUUACAUAUGCGGAAUUAAAAUACGUACAAUUUACGUACAGGAAUGUCAUUUAAUUGGUGAUUAAUUGUGAAAAGGAUUAAGAAGGAACAAUAUAUCGUUCAAGUUAAAACGCUGUUUUAGCAAGUGCAGGAUAUAUAAUGAAUAUAAAAUCUUAUCUCUAAUCUACAUGAAGUAUUUGUGAACAAAUGAUGUGUUAACUAGGAGAUAAUUCUUCUUUUAUAAAUGGAAUAACACUUUUAUACUGGAGUUUGUUGAACUAAACUAAUUGUUAUGAGUGCACGGCAUAAUGUAUGUACAUCUAAUUUGCACGUGAAAUCUUGCGACCAAAACAUGAUAUAUACUUACACUUCGGGCAGACCGUAUUUCAUUGACACACUUUCCAGGAAUUUAUAUUGUGUUUUUUUUUUCUUUUUUAAAAUUGAAUUAAAUGUAACACACAUUCAUUGAAGUCUAGACGUUUUUACUGUUUCGACAAAAACCUACACCCUUGACAGAUUUAAUUUUUUAGUUUGGAUAGAAAACUACAAAAUUUAAAUUUGCAUUUUGAAACUAGCAUUCGUUAUAUGCCUGUUAUUCGGAGAGCACAAGUUGGGAAAUUUUCUUCUAAAAUAUCCACACAUUUUUUUUUGCAUUGAAGUUUUUUAUUUAAGCCUGUGUUAUUCAAAAUCCUUCUCGGAAUAAAACUUAUGGAUUUAUUCAGUUUGUAUUCUUGACGUACCUAGUGAAGAUAAAUGUGAUCAAACUUAUCAAGAUUUAUUAAAUCAAAAAGUUUAAUUACAUUUCCUUAAUGGCGUUUGUUAAUGUGUUUUGUCGUACAAAAUAUCACCGGAAUAAAAUCACAUCUGUCUCGGAAUAAAAUCUAAUUACAUUUGCUGAUCACUCAAAUUUCAAGACGGAUUUAUUCACGUGCUGUUGCCGGAAUAGAGUCAUGGGAUGCACCCCCAGUAUACAUGUCAACCAGACCGGCGUGGUAUACUGCCGCGAUUCCGACGGCUCAAACUCACCCCGUGCGUCACACAGUGCUACUGUCAUCACGGGGACUACAUUGGUUCGAGCCGAGACUACUGAAACAUCCCACACCUCUUCCUCUAGGUCUAAACGUAUGACGGAUUUCAAUGCGGUUUCUUCUGGCGGUGCUACUUACAAGUUCGAAUCCACAACCGACAGCAUCGGUACAAAGACUUCAAACAGUGAUGUAAUGCUCGGACCGAUGAAAUUAAAACAGAAGUCCAUGUCUAUACUGCUGGUAUUCUCCAGGGAGGACUACCAAAGUGAUGCCUUGUAUUGGGCGGCAGAAAAGGCAGGCUAUAAAUGUAACAUAUCUCGGAACCCAGAGAGUGCCCUGGAAUGUUUUUUAUCGAAGCAACAUGAUGUUGUGAUUAUUGACCACCGGAAUAACAAAUUGUUCGAUGCUGAAGCUCUUUGCAGGUCAAUACGAGGUACAAAAGCAAGUGAACAUACGGUAAUAGUGGCAGUCACAAAGAGACAUUCUCAAACUGAUAAAGAUGAACCUUCAAUAUUGCCAUUGCUAAAAGCUGGAUUUAAUCGAAGAUUCGUGGAAAACUCGAAUGUUGGAGCGUGUAUAAAUGAGCUUCUUCAGCUAGAGCAUGGGGAAAUUAUAUCUCACCAAAAGUUACGCACGUGCAAUGCAUUAUUUAGUGCUUUAGACAGCGUUUCUGACUCUGUCGAAAUCACAAACGAUGAACAUGAAAUUCAGUAUGUGAAUCCGGCAUAUGAACGAUUGACUGGAUAUUCAAUGGAAGAGGUUGUGGGAAAAGAUUCACGGGAACUAAAAGGGGAGCGAGUAAAACCAGACGUACAAGACGGUGUUAAUAAUCAGAUUAAAAAAGGAAAAAAGUGGGAAGGGACGUAUUAUACAAGAAGGAAAAGUGGGGAUGCGUUUCCACAGCAUUGUAAAAUUUGUCCAGUUGUCGCAGCAGGCGGAAAACCAACUCAUUAUGUCAGUGUACGCAGCUCUCAUUUAGAUACCUCACACUUCUAUGAUAAAUUGAAGGAUGCUGACUACUUUACUCAAAUCGCAAAUGGUGGAAUCCAUGGUAUACCACGGAGACGUGAAUCCUUCGCUCGAAUACACUCUAUGACUAUAGAAGCACCAAUUACCAAGGUUAUAAACAUUAUAAAUACGGCACAAGAAAAUAGUCCUUUAACAGUAGCUCAGGCCUUAGAUAAAGUUUUAGAGAUAUUACGUACCAGUGAGCUUUAUUCACCAUAUUUUGCCCAAGAAUUGAAAGAUGGGGACCCCAUGACGAGCGAUUAUCUUGGUGGAUUAGUUUCACAAGAUGUAAAGCGCCAUUUGAAAGACGGAGACCAGCCUUAUGCUGUAACUCAUAGACCUUCAGUUCACCAUCCACAGUCCCAUUUACCUAAUCAACCAUCGAUGUUCUCAAGUAAACUGAUUCCUGAAAACAUAAGAAAUCUUUUAAUAAAAGAGGCCGACUGGGACUUCGACAUUAUUGAACUUGAGAGAGUUACGCAUAAAAGACCUUUACUGUACCUUGGUUUACGUACGAUGGCUAGGUUUGACGUAUGCGGGUUCCUGAACAUACCAGAGACUUGUCUGGCUAACUGGUUACAGGUGAUCGAGGCCAACUAUCACUCUCGGAAUACGUACCAUAAUUCCACCCAUGCCGCAGAUGUUCUCAACAGUACUGCUUAUUUCCUAGAGAAGUCAAAAUGCAAGGCAAUAUUUGAUCCGAUUGACGAGGUUGCUGCUCUCAUUGCUGCUGCCGUACACGACCUCGAUCAUCCGGGGAAAAGUAACGCAUUUCUCAUCAACUCAAAACAUGAACUCUCCAUCCUUUAUAAUGACAUUGCUGUGUUAGAAAGUCAUCAUGCUGCCCUCACCUUCAGAUUAACUGCCCAGGAUCCUGCAAUCAACAUAUUUAAAAAUCUAGACAGUGAAACGUUUCGUGUGAUGAGACAGGGGAUAAUUGAUAUGGUGCUAGCAACGGAAAUGAUGAAACAUUUCGAGCAUCUGAACAAAUUUGUCAAUGGUAUUAAUAAACUCACUCAAAAAGUCGAGGAGACGUCUUCUAUGAGUGGGACAGGAUCUCCAGACAGUGCGACAUUGAUCAGUCAACUGUCGACAACGGAGAACAAAACGCUGAUACGACGUAUGCUCAUUAAGUGUGCUGAUGUCUCAAAUCCUUGUAGGCCGGUGAACCUUUGUAUGGAAUGGGCGAAAAGAAUAGCAGAGGAAUACUGUCAACAGACAGAUGAAGAGAAACAGUUAGGUUUACCGGUGGUGAUGCCAGUAUUUGAUAGGAAAACCUGCAGUCUACCAAAGUCUCAAACAAGCUUUAUAGAUUUCUUCAUUAACGACAUGUUUGAUGCAUGGGACUAUUUCUGUGAUAUUCCGGAGUUAAUACAGCACCUUCAGGAAAACUACAAAUUCUGGACGGAGGAGGAGGAGCACCCAACCCACAACUACGACCUCCCAGUGAAAGGACCAGAGCAAAACACUGACACUGCUUCAAAAUCCACAGAAAAUAAGAGCACUGUAGCUUUAGAAAACACUGACAGACCUACUGAAGAUACGUGAAUCUAUCUGACUUGUUUUCUUAGUGUUUUACAAUAUAUACAUACUAUGGUAGUGUGAUGAGCCAGUCUCCUGGCCUCACUUUCAACUACAGUCACAUGGUUUGGUCAGCUGACUAGUUGUUUUAGUCAUGUGAUCUCUUUGUCGUCUGCUGCAAGUUGCUAUAAAUAGCAAAGUGCUACCUGUGAGACAAAUGUGACACUAAUAGGAAGUAUUUUGCGGUCCAGUGAUAUUGCAGUCGAACGUGUCAUUGUGAAAAAAAUUGAUAUAGAAAAAAAAUAUAUAUACAUAUACAACUAUAUACCCUUAAACAAGAUCUAUUUUUAAACGCGGAUGAUUUUUCAGCUCCACAGGAAAUGGUGAAGAAAAGGUUGUGCGAAAAAUGUAGAGUGAAUAUUCAACAUUCAAUGUAUGCCUGUGUUCUUUGAUCAACCCUUAUUUUUGUCCAGACAAUAUUUAUAAGAAGUAUCCUGUUUUUACACACGUACAUGCUUUACCUCUGACUACAUACUUGACGGUUCCAGUGCCCAGUACACUUUUUAGAAAUAGGCUAUAGACUGUAUCACAAGUCUUGUUAAGUAGAGGUAGAUUUUUGUUAAGUGUCAUACAAUGUUAAAUGAUGUAUAAUUUAUGUUUUGAUCUAAGUUUGAAGAAGCUUAGAUCUGUGCUAAGUAUGAUCAAGUUCAGUGAGGUGUUUUAGCUUAAACAUCACAAUAUAUGUGCUUUUAGAAUAAGUUUAGUGUCAAUUUUUACUAAAUAUGUCUUGUUUAUAUGUUCUGUAAGUGAUAUACACAGGUAUUUGUGUCAACUUAUUCUAUUUAGGAUAUUUUAUGUCUGGAUGCAAGACUGUAUUACUAUUUUUAGAUCUUUGUUAAAUAUUAAGUAGCGGUUAGUUGUUUAAAUCUAGACUAAGACAAGUUAAGAUAUUACAGAAGUUAAAUGUGAUAAUUUCAUAUACCAUUUGCAUAAAGUACAAAAAUAUUUUCUGUUAACAGCUUCUUGCACAAAUGUUAGAAUAGUCCCGGACAUCUGGGAUUGUCCCGGGCACCCAGGAUUUACAACGAGGAUUGUCCCGGAAAUCAGUGAAUGAGUGAAAACUGUCUGUUUCCAACAUGCACCUGUUUAUCUUAUGGCACCUGUUACAUUUUGUAUGUUUUUAAAUAAUGCUAAUGCUACUAAUUUAUACUAAAAAACAGAAGCUGUUCUGUUGUUAUAUUAAAAAUUGUUAUCAUCCAAGAAAAGAUAUAUGAUGUUUUAAAUUUCCAUGAUAAUUUCUUAUUAAUAAACUUGUUUUAACAAAGAUUAACACUUGAAACUUUGAUAGAUUUAUGCACAACUUAAUUUUUCACCAUCAGAAAAGUAAUAGUAAUUGUGUAUAAACCUGUAUUAAGGUUAAGUAAUGCAUAGUUUAAAAUUUCUGUUUUUACUCCACUUGUUACAUAAAACAACACAAAGCAAAACUGUUUUAUAGCUUUGUAAACAUUUGUCUUAAGACAUUUAAAGUUCAAUAAACCGGACAUGGUAGGGACUUGAUAAAAUUUCUGCUUUUUUUUUUUUGGUCAGGUAUCUUUAAAACCAAGUUUCCGAUUUAUUGUGAAAAUAGAAGAAAUAAAAUCGGGACUCUGAGAAAUGUCCGGUUUACUAGGGUUUAGGGUUUAGUGGAUAUCAGGUUUUGUGAUUUUUCAUGAUACCAUUCUUUUAAUAAGUCAUUGACAUUUAAACAUUUACAGAAAAGUAUAACGUAUUGUAAAAUUGCUCAUAUUAUUCAAUUAUGCUGCUGAAUAGAUAUUUUACAAAAUUUUGAAAAAAUCGCUCAUUGAUUUAAUUAGGUAAUAUUUGUAAUAAAUUAGAUAUUUCACAAUAAUUUUAUUUCAUGAUCACUGUUGCUUGUUUACAAACCACACAUAGUUAGCCAACAACUUUGUUAUUUUUGUGCACAUUUUUUAAAUAUAUUUUCAGGAUGUUUUAGCCACUGGUAUACAUUAAGUGGUGUAUUGCCUAACUCUAAGUAAAACUUGCUUGCAUUUUGUUGUAACUUCAAUUUUGCCUAACUUAAAAUGCUGCUCAUGUAUUUUUAGUGGUAUGUUGCUUAACUAAAAGUUAUAUGGUUUAG